AUUGCAUCGACUGAGAUACAGAGCCUCAUGAAAAAGCGACUUUGUCAAAAAAAUAAAAGAAAAAGCAAGUCGGAAUGGACUAUUGGACUAUUAGAUGGUUCCAUUGAAAAUGUCACCUAAAGAGCCCGGCCAGUUCGUGCCCACUCGUAUUUCCCUCGUUGCAGCCGAGAGGAGUUAAAUCUGAAGCUUGCUCAACCGUCCUGGAGGAGUUCUGAGAUACCGCUGGAGGCCACGACUACAGUUUUAGAUCGAUGGAGUUUGGUGUGGCCGCAUUUGGCGCACUAGUUAGCGUCGCCUUGACAAAGCUCUGCUCGGUAAAGGAGAAGGAGCUGAAAUCUGAUGCUAUAUUCAUCAGCAAUAAACUCCGGAUGAUCAGCGCUAUUAUGAAAGAUCAUGCUCGUAAGGGUGGGUGUUUCAGUUGGGUGCAGAUAGAAUUGAUUGCACAACUGAGGCGACUGUCAUAUGACAUCGAAGACUGCAUAGACUACUUCCAUGCCAAGAAGAUGAACCUCGAAGUUUUUUCUGCAGAGAUUCGUGAUCUCAAGGUCAGAUCAAAAAACAUGUCAAGUGAGAUAAUAGGUCUUGCUGCCACACUGACUGUUAUGGGUCCUCCUGUUAAAGAUGGUGUUGUUAUCCUCAAACAGAGUCUGAAUCCCCCUGGUAACGUCAACUGCUUGUUAUAUUUGUGUUUGUUCCCUCCUAAUCAUCCUGUAAGGACUAAGCCCCUAAUAAGGAGAUGGCUGGCUGAGGGACUAGUACAGCGAGAAAAAGAUGCUGUCACAAAUCUGAAAAUAUUCAUCAAAUCAAGUAUCAUCAGUUCAACCCAGACAAGCAACAAUGGGAAGGUGAGGAGAUGCCAACCUACUGAAUUGAUGCUCGAGUACACAUCCCAGCAAUCUAUGUCCGAAUAUUCCAUACUGUUCUGUGAUGGCGCAGCCCAAACAUUGCUGGCGGAACAAUCGCAGGCGGAAUCACUGCAGGCCCAAGCCGCCCGCAGGUUGUCUGUGCAUCCUGCUGCGAAUGGCGAACUGAAUUUGCCUCAAGAUUUAUCUCGUCUCCGGACCCUGGCGAUAUUCCCAUCAAAUACGGCGAAUCUCGCCAGCUAUGAAGCUGUUCUUGAUUUUUCCAAGUAUAAAGUGCUGCGGGUGUUGGAUCUGAAAGAAUGUGCUGACAUGAGCGAAAAACAUCUCCAAGAUAUCUGUAGUCAGGUGCUGAUGAAAUAUCUGAGCAUCAAUUCAGGCAAAGUUGAUCGGAUUGGAAGGGACAUUGGGAAUCUGGAUCAGUUAGAGACGCUGGACCUGAGCGGAAGCAAAACAGUGAUGGUGUUCAAAGAAGUCUUGCUGCUGCCCAAAUUGAUGCACCUCUUUGGGAAGCUCCAGCUUACCAGCACGAACACCACCAUGCUGGGAUGGAAGCUAAAGAACUUCUUGAGAGAUAAGAGUGUGCUAGAGACACUGGCAGGAUUUGUCACCGGUGGGAGAACAGGAUUUCCACAGCUGAUGAGAUGUAUGAGGAUGCUGCGGAAGGUGAAGAUAUGGUGCAAAUCGGAUGCAAGUGAAGAAAACCUGGAUGCUAUUUCACAGGCCAUUACGAAAUUCAUUCGUGAUGGGACCGCUGAUCCUCGUCGCGGUCGGUCCUUAUCGAUCGACUUCGUCGAAUGCCCCAGGGAUUUCAUGAAUACUAUAAACUCAGAUGGUUCCAAAGGCAUACUCGACUCGCUCAAGCUGUGCGGCAAACUGAGCGAAUUCGCUAAGUUUGUUGCACACCUAACUGCUAUCAAGGAGCUGUGCCUUUGUUCCACUGGUCUGAGCUGGGUGGUUAUACGAGACGGGCUAGCCAACGUGAGGGGACUGAAAUAUCUUAAGCUUAUUGAAGAUAACCUUGGGUCUAUCGACAUACUGUCUGAAGCUGACCACCUCAAAGCCAUUAAGCGGAUAUACGUCGUGUGCAAGCAAACGCUGAAAGUAGCAGUCGCAGCGGCCCCGCUGCCUAAUCUUGUGUCAGUUCAUAUCCUCUGCCAAGAUCUGCAUGCUAUCCCUGGAACUUCUUGCAUAGAAAUCACAAACAGCAUGAAAAAACUGGAGGAAGUCGCGCUCCAUCCUAAAGUCGACGGAGCAAUAAGCGCUGAACUGCAGCAAGCUGCAAAGGGCCAUGACAAUAAGCCCAAGGUUUCAUUCAUUGACUAUCCCCAAUAAUGGAGACUUAAAUCAAACACAGGCAAAUCAGCAGUUAAUGGAGUUAAACUUCGGCUUUGCUUCCCGUAUUGGCGCAACAACUUAAGCAGGAUGCUGCUUCUCUCGUGUGUUUUUUAUUAUUGUAAUAUGGUUAAUUACCGCAUAUAUAUUGUUGAAUAUAUCUUCUCGAGGUUACUCGUGCGUCGGAUUGUUGUAUCUAGUAAAUGUUUGAUAGACAUGAAUCCCUCGUAUUGUUGUGCAUCUGAUUUUAUUACUUCAAAUCAAGAGUUUUGAUAUUAA